AUGCCCUCUUCUGUUUGGCGGGAAAUCUGGAGAAGCGUCGGCUCUUUUCGCGCCAGAAUUGUGAACGAUGUGGGCCGGAUUCAUUUUAAUUUCUGGCUUACUAAUGGUCCAGUUCGUAAUGGGCUUGGCCUUUAUUUUACUGCACAGUUGGUAUCGAACUCUACAGGGUUGUUGAAACAGUGCCAUCCAAUGCCUGCCAAAGGUAGACUGAUCUUAUUAAUGAACCCUAUGAAUUUACAUUUUACACUGACUGCAGAAUUGGCAGAGCUUUCCAAUCCAAGCAAGGUUUACAUAGCUUUAGCUUUCCUUCCUUCGCCUGAUUCCAAAAGGGCACUUGAUUAA